AUGUCGACAUGUGAACAGACCAAGGAGGAAAGAGAACGAAUGAAGAACAAAGACGUACCCAGUCCGCGACAGGUUGCGCGCCGCAAGUUUGUCCAAGACGAGUUCGACCGGGUCUACAACUCUUUUAACGAAGAACAGCGUGGCACGUAUGACUGGCUCGCCUACAAGUAUGACCGCGACACUGCUAGACUCGAAAAUACGCUGAAGAGGAAGAGAGAGAAGCUAGCACUCACACGAGCACGUAGUGGUACUCUCGGAUUCAUUCUUGGAAUAACCUGGAUCUGUAUCUUCGCCUUGAUGGCCAUCGUUGCUGUUCUAGCCUGGAGAGUUCGCGGAUACAAAUGCCAGUGGACCACUAAAGAAUAA